UACAACGCUUGGUUUCUCAGUUACAUUUUCUCCUGAGUUUAAAUUGUUCGAAGCAGUAAACAACAUGAACAUUAGUUUCUAUCAUGGGCUCUUAUGUGCCCUGAUUCUUCUCGGAACAGACAGCAUUUUUGUUUUUGGUGACGAAUUGAAUGACAUCCAGCUAAAUGAUGGUUCAGCUCAAAGUGACAUCAGUCGUGGCUUACCAACCGUUUCGUCUGCUUAUCCAACUGAAGGAUUGCCGUACGGAUCGCCGGGUGAGAAGCCAACGCUAUACUUGGGUUCGUUUCAAAUUCUUGCGAUGCCAUUUUCACCGGGCCAUUUACCGCCGAAUUUCGCUGCUAUUCCAACCCAAUGGUCGCCACCAUCAAAAAAGGAUUAAGUUAUCGUAAAAAUAUCAUGUGAUCGAAAAUGUAUUGUGAAUGUCAAAGUAUUCGGCAAUAAAUACUUCCUUUGGCAAUUGUUUGAUUUGCAUUUCGACGGUCAUAAAAUGGAAUUGUGCAACAACAGGCA